CGAUAGGGCAGUCUAUCGGUUUUGCAGCACAGAACGAAAAUAUCACAGUUUUCGUAACUAUUUUUUCUUAUUCGUAAAUAUUAGAAAGAAAAUGGCUCAACGAAAUCAUCGAAUAGAUCGAAUUGCUCAGAUGAGCAAGCAGGAGGAGAUUAUAGCAAAGAAACGGCAGGAGAUACUCGAGAAACAGCGAACCCUGAAGCUGGCAGUUAAGGUGGCUGAGGCACAAAAUUUGGCUGCGAAAAAACUGAAAACUACACCAGCACAAGAUCCUGAUGAGGAAGAUCAUCAACUGCAGCCGCAGCAGCUGGGUCAAGAGUUACUGGAGACAAUGUCCAAUAAUGAGGAAGCCCUGGAAACGGAGGGAAGUAGUGAGCCUGCAGCUGGAAAUGGCAAGGAGACUGCUUCAACGGUCGCAUCGACAGCGUCAGCAACUUCAAAGACUCUUAACAGCUUCACUGGCAAGACGGGAAAGAUAUCUUUCGGAAUAAAGCGCCAGCAGCUACCACAGCCAAGUCUAGAUCAGCCGCCUUCGAAGGUAAUGAAUACAUUUUGCAAUGAUGGUUCGUUUCUCGAAAACUUCAAAAAAAUACUUGAGAAACAUGAAAAACCACCACAGCCACCGAUUAUAGUUCCUCCAGUGCCGCAGCCCAGCACUGAAGAGGCAAACUUGCAAGCAGACACAAACACUGCUGGUAGUCCUCAGCAACCGCAGCAGCAGGUGGAAAUGGCUAUAGCCACAAGCACAAGUGCAGCUCCGGUUAUGCCGCCUAUACCAAACAUUUCGGUGACCAGUUCGGCACCCAAUCCUCUAGCAUUUAGCAUACCGGUGCAAGCGGCCCCUCCGCCACCGCCACCAUUUGCCUUCAAUCCCACACUUUUGCCUCAGGGACCACCGCAAAUGUCGUUGCCAGCUGCCUUCUUUCAUGCUGGCCAUUUACCUAUGCAAUUGCAUCCAGUGACAGCUGCAACAGCUCCACCACCGCCACCGCCGCCACCACAAUUGCCACUUGCAUUGGCCAAUAUGGCGCCCAUUUAUAUGCUAGGCCCUUCUGCCGUAGAGGGAUUACAAUUGAAUGCAAUACCACCGCCCAAAGAAUUCGAUUUAAACGCCAUACCCAAGCCAAUUAAUCUUGAGCCCAUGCAAAUGCCACAAACACCAACCGAAACCGGCCUAAGUCUAAUACCCGAUCAUUUGGUUGCAGCCGUCGUUAAUCCUCAGCAGCCACCACCACCUCCUCCGCCUAUACAGGACACGCAAGAAUACAAUAAUUCGGAUGAAGCUGAAGAUUUGCAGCAGCAGGAGUCGCCGCCAACACCGUCACAAGUUUUUUCAGAAACAUGCAUACAAUUGCCAACGUGUAUAGAAAACCUUAUCGCACUGGUUGCCGAAAAUGGUGAAGAUUAUGAAGAUAAAAUACGUAUGCAUAGAAGCGAAUUGCAUCCGGCUUUGUGGUUUCUUUAUGAUAAGAGCUGUGAGCAAUAUCGAAACUAUCGAGGACAAAUACUUGACUACAAGCACCAGCAAAACGAACGACAACGAGAGCGGGAGCUAGGCAGGCAGGAAGAGCAGGAAAAGCAGGUCCAAAAAGAGCCGCAAGACCAGCAAAAGGAUCAACAUGAGCGUAAUAGCAAUUCGGCAGCCGAUAUAUAUGAUCCAGAAUCGGCAAUUAGUGCUGAUAUCGAUUCAGAUGAUGAGUAUAUGCGUGGAAUGAUGGAUCGCAAUCGGGAUAAUAUUAAACGCCGCAUUGAGUGUCGUAAUGAACUAAGCGAUGAAGAGCGACGAGAGCGCGAAGAAUCAUCAGCAGUAGCAGCAGGAGAUGCAGCUGAUGAUCAUGAAGAGGAGGAUGAUGAAGAAGAGGAGAAAGAGGUCCAGCGGCAAAGGCGCAAGCGCGAUCGUAAAAGUCGUUGGGGAGAAAAGGAGCAAAUGUUACCAAGCGGUUCGAGCACUUCUAGUGGCAAUUUUGGCAAUCAGAACAAACCAAUGUUAUCCACCGUAACACGUAAUGAUCCCGCACUGCUGCAAUAUGCACGUCUCAAUUAUGGUUCCACACAGUUAUCCGAGGAACAGUGGAAACAAUGCGAAGAGCAUUAUAAAGUCAAUCUGCUGUAUCAGGAUAUGAUGCGUAAGCGUCAGGAAAUUGACCGCUUGGCCCGAGGUGGGAAAUUUAAGUACGAAUAUGAUUCCGAUGAGGAAAUCGAUGAAGGGGGAACUUGGGAGCAUAAAUUAAGAAACGCCGAAAUGGAAGCUACCUCGUUGUGGGCUAAUGCUCUGACUAAACAGAGUGAAGGCAAGCAUCAUAUCGGUGAUUUUCUGCCACCAGAAGAGUUGAAAAAGUUCAUGGAGCAGUACGAGGCAAAAAAGAAUAACAGACAACCGGAUUUAAGUGAUUACAAGGAGUACAAAUUAAAGGAGGACAAUAUCGGUUUUCAAAUGCUACAAAAAUUAGGCUGGAAAGAGGGACAAGGUCUUGGUCAAGAUGGCGCUGGCAUAGUUAAUCCUGUUAACAAAGCCCCUCAACGUGAUGGUAAUCAGGGCUUGGGUGUAAGCAGUGCAGCUCAGCCGGAGGAUUGCGAUAAUGAGUAUGAUGCUUAUCGCAAACGCAUGAUGUUGGCUUACCGUUUUCGUCCCAAUCCUUUGAACAAUCCACGUCGCGCCUAUUAUUAGGCCUAAAUAACUUCUAACCAUAUUGGCGUUUAGUAUCAUUAAUCCUAUUACACACUACUAUUCUUCAUACAUAUAUAUCUUACACACACCAGACCAGUCUAUGAAGUUAAAAUGAUGUUCUUGUUUAGAAAUGAAAUUGAAUUAGAGAUACAAUAUGCUCGAAAAAUGUAA